AUUUUGUGGGGUCAACGAUCGGACAAACUCCGAAAGAUCAUCAGAACACUAAGGACACCACAACACCGACCAGUGGAGAAACGGCAGGACAGAUAUACGCCAUUGGAGGAAUAGAUCAUUUGAAUGGGGGCAUUUUGGAAGUUUGUUCUUCCCCAAGUCCCUGCCUCGGAUACCCCUCAAAUGGUUUGGGCAUCGACGCAAUAGCAAGAACCCGCAAUAAAUGCCGAUCCACCCCUGGGCAUCUCUCAGUGCAAUGCCCGGACCUUGAACACCACUGCAGUUUGCACUCCAUCAAGAGAAAAGCACGUUCAAAAUGCCAACCACAUCUGUUGCGCUUGUUGCUCUAGCGUUCCUAGGACAAUCAUUGGUACCUACAGUCAAGGCUAGCAAUGUUCCUGCCCAAGCGCAGGUGAUCGACCAAAGAGCAUUCAACGUCUUGGAUACGACUCAACCGCCAACCGAAUUCAAUGCGAAGAGUAUUUUCGUUCCUCCAGGGCAUACCGAAGAUAGCCUUACUCAACGCCCAUUCCAUGUGUACGACAAGGAGUUCUUGAAGAUUAUCGGAAAAGCUCCAACUCUCACCCGGAUUGCGCACUCGCCUAAGGACCCCUUAUACCACGAGGCGGUCGUUUGGUCAAAGGAAACAGAUGAAGUCUUCUUCGUUCAGAAUGCAGGGGCCAAAAACGCUAGCACCGGCCUGAACAAGUCGGCUAUCAUAGAAAAGAUCUCUCUGGCAGACGCAGCUGCUGUUUCCAGCAAGAGUGAUGCUGCGGGUCUGGUAAAGGUCUCUACGGUCCCUUCAUCGCCGAUGGUGAUCAAUCCAAACGGGGCAACCAACUAUCGGGGGGAAAUUAUCUUCACUGGUGAAGGCCAGGGCAAUAAAACUCCCCCUGCGCUCUGGCUUAUGAACCCGCAAAAGCCAUACAAUACGACCGUACUCCUGAACAAUUACUUCGGUCGCCAAUUCAACUCCUUGAACGAUGUAGCUAUUCACCCAAAGAACAAAGACAUCUAUUUCACAGACACGAUCUACGGAUACGUGCAAGACUUCCGUCCUGCUCCAGGUCUGCAGGAUCAAGUCUACCGAUUCAACCCCGAUACCGGAGCCGUGACGAUCGCAGCGGAUGGGUUUGAUCACCCCAAUGGGUUGACUUUCUCGCCUGAUGGUGAAUAUGCAUAUGUCACCGACACCGGUAUCGACAGUGGCUUUUUCGGUCUGGACUUUACUCGUCCCGCUUCCAUCUAUCGCUUCGACGUGAAAGAAGAUGGCACGUUCGAGAAUCGCAAGACAUUCGCAUUUGUAAACUCCGGCGCCCCUGAUGGCGUCCAUUGUGACUCUUGGGGCAAUGUAUACGCCGGGUGUGGUGACGGUGUUCAGGUUUGGAACCCCUCAGGCAAACUCAUUGGCAAGAUCUACGUCGGUUCUACAACGGCGAACUUCAACUUCGCUGGGGUUGGUCGAAUGGUGAUUUGUGCUGAGACGGAUCUUUACUAUGCCACUUUGGCUGCCGCGGGGAAUUACGUCGACAGUGAAAUGUGAAAACCUCCCUAGCUAAGAU